GUCACUGAGCCCUGCAUGGGGCUGAAUAAUGUGCGAUCUGUAGGGUUUGCUGGGGUCGGUUCUGUGGGGUUCCAGCCUCUGCAGGCUGCCCCAGGUGGUGCUGUGCUGGCACAGCCCGGGGUCGGUGCUGCCAAGGGGCCGGGCAGCAGGGCUGGGGCUGUGCCAGGCUCUGGGAGCAGACACACAGAGGGACACAGAGCGGGCAGCAUGGGGCUGCUGGCUGCGGUGCUGCUGGCUGCUCUCCUGCCGGGGCUCGCUGCCGGGGCUCAGGUGCUGUGGCCGGAUGAACCCUCACACGUCUGCUCCUUCCAGAGCCUCAGCGGCAAGGACAGCGAGUUCUGCAGAGGCAAUUUAGAAGUCAUCUACCCGGAGCUGGGCGACGUGGGCUGCACCUACAUCCCCACUUGCCACCAGUCCCGUUGGCGCAUCAGCAGGGAGUGGGGCAGCCCCCAGGUCCUCUACCCACAGGCCAAAAAGAGCAAGAAGUACGUGGUGAUGCUGGUGGACCCCGACGCUCCCAGCAGAGCCAACCCCCGGAGCCGCUUCUGGAGGCACUGGCUGCUCACCGACGUCCCUGUGAGUGUCCCCAGGUGGGAGGGCGGUGACAUCCCCACGGCUGCACCCACUGGGGCACCAUUCAUUCCAUGGGUGAAAUCCCAAAGGGGAGAAAUGCAAAUGGUGCUCGGUGUGUGGGUAGGGGAGCACUUCCUGAGACCGAAUACAGUGAGGCUGGGAUUAAAAUAUUCACAAAACCUUGGAGCAAAAAUACCCCGUAACGAUGGCAACCGGCGCUGCACGCGGGGAGCUCCGAACGGAGGCAAGGACUUUGCAAUGUGA